CUUUAUAUAAGAUAACACUUUAUCUUUAUCAUAAUGCUUGGGACUGGGGUCGUUCAUUAGCUUUGAUUAUUGCAGUCCAUCAAAGAGAGGAAGUUGAGCCAAUUUGGAGUUUCCAUCUCUCCUCUUCAACUCUACGAGGUAUUAACGUAUCCUUCCCACUUCAACAAACCUUUUGAGUAACCGUCUGGAUAAGCUGCGAGCCCAGGCAAGACUCAACACCAAAAGACCCUUGCUACUACCAUGAUCGUCACCAAACACUAGGUCAUUCCGGUUCUUCCAAAUCAUCCAGCCUAGGAUGGAUUAUACUGAGCAGCAUAAUAAUUUUGGAAGGAAGAUUCUUUUGAGGUCACCAAAAGAAGUAAAAAAAAGCAUCAAAGAAAAUGCUGAACUUAGUAGCUAAUGUUGGUGGAUUAGGAUUGUCUAAACAACCUAAGAAAGAGAUUCAACGGGCUAGCAAGGAGACUAGUUUAAUGGACAAUAAACAAUCUGAGCUACAAGAGCCUCCAAAUUCUCCUUCAUGGAUUGCUAUGUAUUUGCAAAGUCAUUGUGAUUUGGUGGCUAUUCCCCCUUUAUUCUUUCACAAACUUCAAGUGUUGGAUUUGUCCCAUACCAACAUCAAAGCAUUGCCACAUUCUCUUCCGAACGACUUGUUUGCACUAAAGAAACUCUUGUUAAGAAAGUGUAAGCUCUUCAUGAAACUGUCAUCACAUGUUGGGAAACUCGACAAUCUUGAGAAGCUUGAUCUUGAUGAAACUGAGAUAAUCAGUAUUCCCAUUGGUAUUGGAAAACUAGUGAAGUUAAGAGUCUUGAAGGUAUGCAUUUAUGGACAGACAAACUUCAGCAAAAGAAAGCAGUUGCCAUCAAACAUGGUGCUUCAUCCUGGGAUGAUAUCGAAGCUCUCCCGCUUGAUCGAAUUAAGCAUUGAUGUCGAUCCAUCGGACAAGUGGUGGCAUGAUUCUGUUGAAGAAGUUGUAAAAGGAGUAUGCAACCUAGAGGGGUUGAGGAGCCUUUGCUUGUAUCUACCAAAUUACCAACUUUUAGAUUAUACUUCAUUCAUAUAUCCUUCAUUAUCAUGUUUCAGAUUUACUGUUGGUCACCAUAAAAGGAGAACCAUCUCUCGUGUACCCCAUGAAGUUGAAGCCCAAUUCACAAAAUGGGACAAAUGUUUGAAGUUUGUGAAUGGUGAAAACAUCCCAUUUCAAGUAAGAAAAGUACUUAAGUUUACUUCAUCGUUUUUCUUGGACCGCCAUGAAAAUGCUUGGAGUUUAUCUGAAUUUGGGAAUGAGAACAUGGUAAAGCUGAAGUUUUGCUUGUUGGUCGAUUGUAAUAAGAUGGAAACAAUUAUUGGUGGAGCUGAAGUUGAAACCAUUCUCGAAUCACUACAAUAUUUGAGCAUUCAUUACAUGAAGAAUUUGACAAGUAUAUGGAAAGGACCAACUCGUUCUGGUUGUAUGUCUAAGUUAAAGUUCUUGGCAUUGCACACAUGCCCCAAGUUGAUCAACAUUUUCUCAAAUGUUUUGCUCAAAAGUUUUGUCAACUUGGAGGAGAUUAUAGUGGAGGACUGUCCCCAAGUGACCAGCCUUGUAGGUCAUAUAUCUGCCCGAGCAAUGUCAGAUGCUUUUCUCCCAAGUUUGAAAAGAUUGUUUCUUCUUUAUCUCCCUGAACUGGUCAGCAUUUCAAAUAGCCAAUACAUUGCACCAAAAUUAGAGAUAAUAGGCUUCUAUAAUUGCCCAAUGCUUAAAAUCCUAUCAAAAAGGGAGCUGUCAAGCAAAACUCUAAAAAAGAUUAAAGGAGAAAACCAAUGGUGGGAAGGUAUAAAGUGGAAAGAAACAGAUUGGGAAACUAUGCCAGAUUAUCUAAUGCAUAUUUUUUCUCCAAUCAAUAUUGAAAAAGAUGUGAUGACACAAUUGGUAGAAGAUAGAGAUGUAUUUGAAGCUUUGACUCAAAAUGAAGGCCAACAAUCAGAUACUGCCUUGUGCACUCGGAAAUUGGUUGACAAUUAUGCACAACAGAAAGGCCAAUGGGCAGAUUGUAUGGUGAAGUCCGUGCCAUCACCAUGCUCGCCCAUUCUUUCAUCCUUGACUCGACCUUACUUACCCAUCACUCCACCGUUAAAUGUUAAACAUACAAGAAGGUUUUCGAAAAGGCAGCUUUCGAAUUUGGUAAGCUAUCCAAGUCACAACGAGCAAAAUAAAAGUUCAGAAAAGAUGAGCCUUGGUCUCGGUUUCUCCUCACCACUUGUGAAUAGGUGUUGCCCCGCUGUUGUGUCGGGGAGCAGAGGCCGGCAACAAAAAUUAUUGGCCAGUGGCAAGAGAGAAAAUAGUAACGAUGAUGAUAAGAAAAAGUCUAUGCAUAGGGGCAUUGGGAGGCAAAGAAGGCAAGAAAUAGCCACCCUUUAUGCUUCUCUUCGAAACCUUCUCCCUCCUAAGUACAUCAGGGGAAAGUGUUCAAUAUCAGAUGAAGUGGAUGGAGCAGUUAGCUACAUAAAGUACCUGCAGAAGAGGAUCGAUGGACUGAGUGGCAAGAGAGAUGAGUUAAAGAAGGUAUGGGGUAAUUCGAGUGGUUUUCACCAGGGGAUGAGCAUGAGCUGUAUCGAGGCCUUCCCUAGCAGUGCUGUAGUUCGCCAAUCUUUGGAUGGUGUAGAAAUUGUGAUCAGCGACAGUGUUGGAGCUCAAGCUUUGACCCUCUCAAAGGUGCUACAACAACUGCUUGAGGAAGGACUUGAUGUUGUUAAUUGUGUCUCUUCCAGAACUGAUGGAGCACUAAUUUACACAAUAAAUUAUGAGGUUAGUGAUAUGAGAGGAGUCGACCCACCUUUUCUGCUGGAGAAAUUAGUGUCUCCUGUUUCGCCCAAAAUGAUUUUUGAAUAAUAGAUUGAUUUUAUAAAAAAAAUUACUUUUUUUUAUUUACUUUCUUUAAUCUGAAGGUAGCAUUACCAUUCCUAAUAUUUAAUUUUGGAUACAAUGUAUAAAAAUUACUUAUAGUCCAUUCCAACUCUUAAAUAAAAGGAUAAUGCAGUCAAA